AUGCCCGGCUGGCUUGACGUUCUGGAUGACAUGCUGACAGACAGCCAGCUGGAUUCCAGCUUGGCCGAAGAAGCAGACGCCUGCAGAUCGGACAGUGAUGCAGAGCAGGCCCUGGGCAUUGAGUUCGUGGCGGCUGCGACAUCCGAGCCGUGCGAGCCCUUCAGACGAUUCAUGCUUGCCAAUCACAAAGUUGAGCAUGUGCACCCAACAUUUGCGGAGCAGAACGCUGGCAAGCCGUGCAUCUUGCAUCCGCGCUCUCCCUCGUGCGCAAGACCGGUGAACGCUGACCUAGGCGUUUUUGGGACGCCGUGCGACCCAUUUUCCCUUCAGAGGGGCAAGAGGUUCCACGACGGCUCAGUGAAACAGCAUGCCCUUUACAGUGUCACUUUCACAGAUGCCCUGAACUUCUUGCUGGACCCCGGUGCUCCAAAGGCUGUCAUCAUGGAACAAGUUGAGGGUUUCAACGAACCGGAGUCCGACUCCGAGAGUGAGACCCCCAUGAACAGGCAGGUUUGGAAAAAUGAGGUCGGGCCAUAA